AUGGCGCACCCCACCAAUCACACAGAAAACAUCGAGUCCAUGGGCACCUUCAAACCCUUGUCCAACGCAGAGAGCAGCUAUUCUCUUCCUGCGACAGCCAGCGAUCUAUCCCCACGUGCGGAAGCAGCCAUGGCGAAUGGCUUGUCUCCAGACCCUGCAGAGGAGGACCACGAGGGAGAGGCAGAUGAGGAUUAUGUCUCAGUGGAUCCGGAUGACAUGAAUGAUUUCUCAUACUGGCUGCGCCGCCCGCCGGUGCACCAGCACACCAAAUUGGACGACCUUCAUCCCUUUGUUCAAGCCCUCACGGUGUCGAAUGUGGAUGAUUGUGUGGCCGUGGAGAAUGCAUUUCCAGAAAAUGAACGCUGCACUCGAGAGAAGUUCAUUUAUCGUCUGACCAAGUGCCCUGAGUUAAGUCUUGGUCUCUUCACCAUUCCGAUCAUACCAGAAGGUCAACCCAAGCCGCGCCCCACCCUGGUCGGCCAUAUCAUUGCUACUCGGAGUUCGACAACGCUGGUGACGGACAAUGAUAUGAAACUUCCAUCAAACUGGCAGAAAGAGCGUAUUGUCAUCGAGAAUGGCGAGACCAUCGGUCACGACGAGAAUGGCAGCACGAUUGCCAUCCACUCCCUUGCAGUGCUUCCGGAACACCAGGGCAAGCAGGUCGGCAGUACCCUGAUGAAGUCCUACAUCCAAAGAAUCAGAGAUGCGGCCAUUGCCAGGCGCAUUUCAAUCAUCGCACACGAUCAUCUGGUGCCAUUCUACGAGUCGUUGGGAUUCGAGAGCAUUGGUCCCAGCAAAUGUCAGUUCGGCGGAGGUGGAUGGACGGAUCUGGUGAGUGGCCUCUUUUUUUUUUUUUUUUUUUUUUUUGAAUCAAUCCUUCCCCUUGCAAUUCCUGCCCUAUCUUGUCUCUAG